UCAAUUUCAGUGUUUCAUAUUUUAAAGCGAGAUACGUAAGCUCAUUAUUUUAAACGUUUGACCAGGAUUUUUGCCAAAUCAUUGAAUUCAGAAAGUGAGUUGAACUAAACGAACUUGUUGUGAGAAGUGAAUUAUAUACGAAGGGAAAUGGCAGAGACAAAAGACGGAUUUCAGGUUGUUGCAGCAAUAGAUUUUGGAACAACUUACAGUGGAUAUGCGUUUUCAUUUCGUAAUAAUCCUAUGGAUAUAACAACCAAUUUUUGGAAGUCUGGGACAGCGGGACUUAUAUCCUUAAAAACUCCAACAUGCAUUCUAUGCGAUAAAAAGGGAGAAUUCAAUGCGUUUGGUUUUGAAGCGGAAAGAAAGUAUGCAGCUGUUGCAGGGGAAGGCAAACAGAACGAGUGGACGCUGUUCCGAAGAUUUAAGAUGAUUCUACACAAUGAAACGGCUGGAAUCGCAAGCGAACGUUUACAGCUUGCCCUAGAGCCUGAAGUUGCUUCCAUCUGGUGUCAGACCGACAGUCCCAGUUCAACCAUUGCCCUGGCAGGCCCCGGCACUCAAUACAUGGUUGUCGACCUUGGAGGAGGCACAGCAGAUAUAUCAGUCCAUGAACGAUUACAAUGGCUCUUUGAAGGAAAUCGAAAAGGCCAGCGGUGGUCCCUGGGGCGGAAUAAAUGUAGAUGA